AUGAACUCUCAUUGCCUGCAGUUGGACGAGUACGAGUUGUCGAGGACGAGUACACACACAUCAGACGGAGCAGACGACCCUUUACUUUAUUUCGAGCACGAUUCGGGCCAUGAUGAAUUCCACUCGCAGUUUCUAGCAGACCAAACUGCGUCCGGCGUGGCCAAACGAGGAGUCUCCUCCCAGUUCAUCUCACUCGCCCCUGCUUGGCUGCGCAAGCAGUAUCUUCCUCGCCGACCUCGAACGAGAUCAAAACGACUUCCUCGCCGAUACAUCUGUACGCCUAGAUCGUUCCUUCGGAAAUUCGCUUUACUUUGUUACAUAUUUUUCACCACCAUCGCCGCCAUUAUUAUCGUGGGAGGCGUCUUUUUCCCCGGCUACACUCACCUUCCACCCCAUUAUAGAGCAUUAAGACAGAGGGCAUUGGCCUCCGAUACCCCAGGGCGGGUAAAUUUGCAACACCAAAAAGUCUUUCUGGCCGCGAGCAUCUACGACAAAGGCGGGAAACUCCUGGGCGGAGACUGGGCGCAAAAUGUGCUAGAACUGAUACAGUUGCUGGGACCACAGAACACAUUUCUCUCGAUAUACGUCAACGAUUCGGGUCCAGAAGCGAAACAGGCGUUGCAGGAACUCGAAAAGCAGGUGCCGUGCGAUCACGCGUUGGUGUUCCAGGACCACUUGAGCAUCGAUGACCUCCCCCACAUCCGCAUUCAUGGACAAGAACGCGUGAAACGCAUCGAGUAUCUCGCUGAGGUUCGAAACCGAGCGUUGAGGCCGCUGGAAGGUUCUAACACUACGUUCGACAAACUCCUCUACCUAAACGACGUUGUUUUUCAUCCGAUCGACGCGGCUCAGUUGCUCUUCUCCACACAUACCGUGGCCGACGGUGUCACGGACUACAGAGCAGCAUGUGCGGUCGACUUCAUUAAUCCUUUCAAGUUUUACGAUACUUUUGCAACCCGGGAUGCCGAGGGGUACAGCAUGGGUCUCCCCUUCUACCCGUGGUUUGCUGCUGGUGGUGACGAGACCAGCCACCAGGACGUCCUCGACGGCAAAGACUCAGUGCGAGUCAGAAGUUGCUGGGGUGGGAUGGUUGCAUUUGAUGCACGAUUCUUCCAGGCACGACCAGGCAGGCCUGAGCUGAUCACUGCGGGCAACCAAAGCCCCAGCAAUCUCUCCACACCUUAUCGCUUUCGCGCAGAGAAGGAUCUCUACUGGGAUGCAUCGGAAUGUUGCCUCAUCCAAGCCGACAUCCAGAAUCCUGAGCCUGGAAAUUCAGGGAUUUACAUGAACCCUUUCGUUCGAGUAGCCUACGACUCGACGACCCUUUCAUGGUUGGGCUUUACUCGACGUUUUGAGCGCCUCUAUACACCAAUCCACUGGCUGAUCGACCUUGUCACCAACAAACCGAAAUUUAACCCAAGGCGACACGAAGAACCGUGGCAGGAGGUGCAGGAGACAGUUUGGAUCGCUGAUGAGAGGAUGCCCCCAAAUAACGGUUCCUUCCACCAAGUGACGAGGAUAGCCUCACAUGCAGGCUUUUGCGGCCGCCGAGGUUUGGCGGUUAUAAAGGAGAACAUUAUGGAAGGAGAAAGAAACUGGGAAUUCGUGCCGGUGCCUUCAUGA